AUGACGAUAAAGGAGCGAGCACUUGAAGCCCUCCUUUGUCCUAGGUGCAGUAGAACAGGGCGGUGGAGACUGUCUCAAGGACCUAGGAUGUUCUCCCUUCUCCUGGUCCUCUUUCUGAGCCAUGGAAGUGUGUGCCAGAGAGACCCAAGCUCCAGGCAGGAUUUACACCCAUUGUUGCAGAAAAUGGCGGAAGAAAUAAUAGAGGGAAACUAUCUGAAUGCAUUUCUGGAUCUCGUACAGUUUGGAAGCUCCCACGUGUGGACUGCAGACCUGUCCCAAAGAGUCCUUACCUACCUGAACUCACGGGAUGUGGCCUUUACCAUCCCCAGCCUGCAGGCAGUCAUGGAAACCCACCUGGAGCAAUAUUUGUACCAGCCCCAGAAGCUUCUGGAAGACCUGAGGGACGCUGAUGCCCAGCAGUUCCGUACUGCCAUGAAAUGCCUUUUGGAAGACAAGUGGGACCACCUGGACCUGAAGGACACUGUCAUCAACUUGGGAGACAUUUGGGAAACAGCCCUUCAGAGCCCUGGGGUGAACCGCAGCCUGUUUCUCAUCACACUGGAGCGCUGUUUCCAGGUGCUGAACCCCUUGGAGUGUGUGGAGGUCCUGGGCAGGGUGCUCAGAGGGUCCUCGGGCAGCUUUCUGCAGCCGGAUGUCAUCGAGCAGCUACCCCAGGACCUGCGGGAAGAUGCCUUUAAGAACCUAUCUGCAGUGUUCAAAGAUGUCUAUGACCAAACCUCAGCUCACACCCAGAGAGCUCUCUACUCCUGGAUGACUGGGAUCCUGAGGACACCCUUCAACAUCACUGAUGGCUCAGUUUCAUGGGUCAGUGCUGAAAAAUUAUGGAUUUUGGGCAGAUACAUGGUUCAUCUAUCAUUUGAAGAAAUUAUGAAGAUCAGUUCUAUAGAAAUUGGGCUGUUUAUCAGCUAUGACAACGCCACCAAGCAGCUGGACACGGUGUAUGAUGUCACCCCUGAACUGGCUCAGGCAUUUCUGGAGAGGAUCCGCUGCUCCAGCUUUGACAUGAGGAAUAUCUCCACCAUCCACAGGUUGGGGCUGUUGGUUUGUUUCUAUGAUGAUCUGGAGCUGCUGGACGCCACCCUGGCCCAAGUCCUUCUCCACCAGAUGCUCAAGUGCAGCCGCCUCCAGGGCUUCCAGGCUGGCAUCCAGAAGCUCAAGGCCAGCCUUCUGGACAUUGCUACAGAGAACCAGACCCUCAACGAGACCCUGGGCUCUCUGUCGGAUGCAGUUGUGGGUCUGAGCAGCAGGGAGCUGGAAUCUCUCUCCCCCAAGGCAGUGCACAGUGCCAUCUCUACCCUCAACCAGGUUACAGGCUGGAGCAGAAGCCAGAUCUGCAUCUUGUCUGCCAAAUACUUGGCCCAGGAAAAGGUGCUGUCCUUCUACAGCGCCAGCCAGAUGGGCAUGCUGCUCACAGGGGUCAGCACAGAAGCCUUCUACAACAUGGACCACAAGGACCUCUGGCAGGUCCUGAGAAGCCCUGUUUGCCAGCAUGUGUCUGGUCUGUCCCCUGCCCAGCAGCAAGCUAUCCUCAGGAAGCUGAUGGAAGCAGAAGAUGCCGCUGCUUCCGGCCUUGUGGAGGUGCCCAGAGUUCUGUUCAAGGAAGUGUCUCUCUCUGAUCUGUGGAAAGGAUCCCGGCUCAACGCUACAGUCCUGAAGGAGAAGGAGCUGCGGAGGAGCCAGGCCUUGUUCCUGUAUGAGCUUCUGGAGAAGACCACGGACAGGCCUGAAGAGAUCCUGAGUGCUGGGCAGCUGGUGAAAGGUGUGCAAUGCUCACACAUCGAUGCUAUGAGUGCCCAUGUCUUCCUGGCCCACUUCCAGUAUUUCGAGAACAACUUCUCCCUGCUUUCACCAGAUCAGGUCAAUUGUCUGGCAUGGAAAUACUGGGAAGUCUCAAGGUCCUCCUUGCCACCGUUCCUCUUGACGACCCUCCCGUCCCGCUUCCUGGCUUCCAUUCCCACAUCCCGCUGUGUGCGUUUUCUGAUCAGCCUGGGGAAGAGACACUUGAACACCUUGGUUUUAGAUUCCCAUAAAAGGAGUUUGGUCAUCAAGAAGGUGCAACAGUGUCUGGAAGGUGUCAUUGCCGAUGAGCACACUGUGGAUAUUGUGGGAAACCUCCUGUGCCAUCUGCCAGCUGCCUUCAUUGAGAGAGGGAUCUCACCCAGAGCCUGGGCCACUGCUCUGCAUGGCCUCAGGGGCUGCACAGCUCUCAGCUUUGAGCAGAGGGCUGCGGUAAAGUCCAGGCUUCUGGAGCAGUGGGGACCGCCUCAGAACUGGGCAGCAGAGACGAUGAAGGACGUGGCGCCUUUCUUAGCAUUUUUCUCAGGAGAUGAAUUGCGCACAAUGGCCACAAAGUUUCCUGACAUCCUACAACAAACAGCUUCCAAGAUGGUUGGGAUGUUGCCCCCCGAAGAAUUCCUCUGGGCUGUCUUUGAGUCUGUUCGGAACAGCAGUAAUGAGAGCCCCAGCGCUGACCUCACCUUUGGUUGUCAUGGAAUUGUGGCUCCCUCUUCUGAUGAUAUCUUCAAGUUGGCUGAAGCCAAUGCCUGCUGGGAACCUGAGGCCCUUCUUUGCAUGGAGGGGGACACUUUUAUCAGGAAUGUGGAACUGCUAGGAGCCGUGAAGGGUUUCCGCAGACCUCAACUAAUGGCCCUGAAGGAGAAGGCAAUCCAGGUUUGGAACGUGCCCUCACACUGGAAACACCACCACAUUGUCUCUCUGGGGUACAUUGCUUUGGCUCUCAAUGAGAGUGAGUUGGAGCAGCUGGACCUCAGCUCUAUAGACACUGUGACAUCCCUCGGUCAGCAGUCGGAAUGGACCCCCGGGCAGGCUAAAACCAUUCUGAAGGCAUUUCUUGAAGAUUCAGGCUAUGGUAUCCAGGAUCUGAAGAGUUUCCAUCUGGUUGGUCUUGGUUCCAUUCUUUGUGCUAUGGACACCACUGAAAUUCCACUUAUAAAGACCUCAGAAUUCAGGACAGUGGUAGCUAGGAUUGGGACACUGCUCUGCAGCACCCCCAUCUUGGCUGAGUUUAAGAAGAAAGCAGAAAUUGUAUUUGGGAGACCCACCGAGUGGACCAGCUCCAUCUUGCAGGAACUAGGGACCAUCGCAGCCGGGUUAACUAAGGCAGAGCUCCGAGUGCUCGACAAGGAUCUGAUGCCUCACUUCAAGCCCUCAGCCAUAAGAUGCCUGCCUGGUGAGAUGUUCAAAGAGCUGUCCACGGAGCAGAUUGCUUCCUUGGGUCCUCAGAAUGCUGCCUCGGUGACCAACUCCCAGCGCCUACAGCUCAGCUCAGCACAGCUGCAGAGCCUCCAGCGGGCACUAGAUGGCGCCAAGACUCACUCCUGGCAGGAUGAUCUUGUGAGUGCCGGCCCUACCUCCACUGGGUCCCCAACAGGAGAGCCCACCUCCCAGGGUCUUUGGCUUGGCUGUCCCCUGCUACUUCUGAUGGCCAAGUCCCUAUGCUGA